AUGUCGGGCGCCGGCGCCCCGAGCGGGGAGGCCGUCACGCUCGAGUCCCUCCAGGCGGAGCUCCGGCGGUUCGCGGCGGAGGACUUGGGCGCGCUGGGCGACCGCCUGGAGCGCCUGCUGCAGGACCCCGAGCUGAGGAGGGCAGCGGCCCGGCAGUCCGUGGCGCAGUCCCUGCCCUCGCGGGCAACGAGCCCCACGGCGUGGGCGCGGGCGACCCCGCCGCCGAGCCCGCGAGGCGAGGCGGCGGGUGAGGAGGCGCUGUCGCCCGCGCGGCGCACCAGGGCCAGGGUCUCGACGUGGGGCCGGCAGGUCAGCCCGGCGGGGGAGCAGGUGCCGUGGAGCAGAACCUCUGGGAGAGCGUGGUCGUCGGUACCCCAGACGAGCAGCGGCCCGAGGUUGCACGAGCAUCCCGAGUGUCUCUCUCCGCCGCGGUGCCGGGGGUCAGACUCGCGGGCGCCCCCAACGGCAGAAAGAGCCUGGCGCUGA